UCGUUGCCAAAUUGCGAAUUUUAUAUACGUGUUUAUAGCGUAUGUGAAUCCCUAAGGGAACAUUGAAAUAAGAAUAUUGCUAGCUGUCAUUGCAAAUUGUCAAGUAUAUUUUAAUUGAAAAUAGGUUUAAUAUUCGAAGGGAUUUGUAUUUAGAAGUUUUUAUAAAUUUUUGAAAAUGUUGAAUUUACAUAAACGUCCGUGGUCUAUUCGUUGUGUUUUAAAUUAGAAAUUUUAUUAUUUUACGCAGGAAGUAGUUGGUUAAGAGACUGAUAUACUAUGAAAAAAAGAAAAAUAAUCAGUUGUACAUCGCGCUUAAAUCUAGCACUUUUGCAAGAUGUAUUUCUUAUCUGAGACUCUGAUUCCGCGCUGAACAUGUACAUUUAAAAUCAAUUAAUUUUUGCUUUUAAUAUUUAAAGGGCUAUAAGUACAGUAUCGUUUAUGCCAUAAACCUAAAUAUUAAUUAAUUUCAAUUUUGACCACGGAUGUAAUUCUAUUACGCCGUGCAUUCUAUCUCGUGCGGGUAGCUACAAUCAGGGGUAUCGUGAAGAACGGCAAUAACCUCUGUGUUUAACGAAUAUCUUUAUUCGAUAUUAAACUUGAAGUAAUACUUUGUGUAUUGUAUUUAAAUUAAAAAUGACUGUUAAUCUACAUUCAACGCAAAAACCGGAGAAUGAAGUCGACCUAGUCGAAGAGAUGUUAAAAAAGACCGGCUGUAUGGAAUUACAUUAUCAAGUUCAAGAAUGUAUAGCGGAAACUCAAGAUUGGAGAAAGUGUCAGGGAAUAUUGAAAGAGUUCAAACAGUGCAUGGACACUUAUCAGAAAACACAUCAAAACUAAUGUUCCUAAUUUUCAAACAAUGUUAUCUGUGAUAAAGUAUAUAAAACGUGUGUUCAAAGUUGUGAAAUAUUCGGAUAGUGGUUACUAUAAAAUGGUAAUCAUUGUGAGAUCAGAUCUAUCUAUGGGCACAGGAAAAACUGCUGCA